CUGUCCUUGAGGCUCUGUAAAUAUUCGGCUCGCUACUGAUGCUUGUGGGAAAUAUGGCUCAAAUAUUCAUGCAGCGUCUGACUCACGGAAGGACCCGGACCGGACUCUUGACAAUUGACAUCUGCUACUUAUUGACAGCCUUUCACUGCAUGUUCUGAUCACUCUAAUGGAAUUAAAGAGGUGCGAUGGCUAGUGUGGGGAGCAGGAGAAGGCAUCCUUACGCUCUAGGACUCGCUCUUCAUCGUCAUGUCGGCCCCUGCAAGGAAACCUCGUAUCACGACCGGUACACAAAUUCGUCCUACGCGAAUCGCACCUGCUCCACUUCGUAGCAGUCGAAUCGCACCCGCUCCAAUUCGUAGCAGCCGGAUCACACCAGCUCCAAUCCGUAGUAGCCGUAUUGCACCAGCUCCAACAGCAGCUUCUGCAAGAAAGGGACGUGUCGUGUCGGUACCAGUUCCUAAAGCUGGUCCAUCGCCAGCGAAGCGCCUCAACGACAUCCUCACGGAUGCCUUGACGCGAGCGAAGGUGAUAAAGGUGACGCCUGGCAACCGCGCAGCUCUUCAGAACGCUCGUAAACUUGCUGCCUCCAUUCUUAGUGUCCUCCCUGAGGAUGAGAGCACCGUCCAGAACCUUUCAUAUGAGCUUCACUGUGUUUCUCUGAGCUCAUUGGUUAACGAACUUGCCACGGAUGUGAAAUACAAUCCAGAGGAUCAAGGAGACCAGCAGGCUCAGAUGCUGCAGUGCAUCAUGGAGGAGAUAAUCAAGUGGCUUCCUGACAUAUGGCUCGCAAUGGCAGAUACGAACGCAGAUAUGGAGCUUGUCCGUAGCUGUCUGAUGUUGUGCUCAUCUGUUGCGGACCAAGUUGCUAAUUGCCUCGGUGAUUACUUUGAAUGGACCAGGAGGCUUGUCAUCACCGACUCAAACCAGCAGACCGUGUACGAUGGGGACCACCUAGUUGGUGAUUAUAUGGCUUGGAUGUGGAGAGAGUACCUCGUUUUCUCGGCUAUUAGGGGCUCAAGAAUCCCACCUAAUGAAGCUAUAUGGGGCGAGAGUUACGAUGAUGUUCUCAAUCUCAUUCGCCGAACGCCCGGUGAAUCGGAGAACGCGAUUGGCCUUGCUUUCUGGGAUGAUCAUUGGUCGGCGGAAAUGAGAACGGCCGCCCUUCGGCUCUAUUCUGAGAGACAUCGUCAUCGCAUUAACAGUUUCUUCGAGGCUCCGUCCGUUCAUCUGUACACCUCUUUGGUGUCGGACUAUCCUGACAUCGAGUCUUCACUCUUAAUCUCGAUCAAGCAAAAUAUUUUCGGGGAAGAGCCUUCCAUUCCCUACACGGACGCCGCGAAAAUUCUCGCAAAGGCAUCUCAAACGGAAGAUGUCGUCUGCUUGCUCGAUAGAUUGAUUGAGGACGGUAUUUCUCAUCACAACUCAACCAUUCUUGUCAUUAUGAAAUACCUCUCCACGAUUUCAGACGAGGAGCAACGAGCCCACGCACUCCAGGUAGUCAGAGACGGGUUGGAGACGGCGAAACGGGAUGCCUUGGAUGCCCUAGUGCAACUGUUUCCCGGACUAGAGGACGCGCAGGACUGGCUUCGAAGUCUGAUAGACGCCGGAGGACUCACUUGCGACGAGGAUCUGUUCGAUGAUAGUUACCCUGAGCGGGAGAGCAAUCUCAGCAGCUUUGCUGAGCGUGCGGCCCAAGGUGGUCCUUUGACUGACCCGGAUUGGACGCCUCCAAAGAAACAGGGGGUCGAUCCAGAUGACAUCUGCCACAAGGAGCAGCCUAAACGCGACUUGGUGCGCUGCAUUCGGGAUUGGGCGCAGAUUCUCUGCCAGUGGCCCGACGAGGAGGCAGCUGCGGAUGUUUGGAGUACAGUGAAAUUUGAUGGCUCCGAACUACUUUUCUCUUCUGUGGAGGGCGCAGAGGAAGCGUUAAUGGAUCGUAUCAAGGUGGCUGAUUCGGUGCAGGCUGAAAAGCGCCACCGGGCCAAACCUACACCCGUAGAGUGCCCUGCAUCACCCUCAUCGCGCGAACAGCUCCUCACUUGGAGGGUCACAGCUACGUUUGAUGACUAUUACGAGUCUCCUAGCUAUGUUUAUGGUUAUGUCACUGAUGGCCUGCAAGCAUUGAUCAAGACAUUCUCUUGUCGAGAUCACCGUGCUUUGAGCAAGUAAAUAAUCAAAUCGAGGACAAUAGAGAUCGGGUAGAUGCACAUUCAUCACUUGCGUCCGGUGUUCCUGAUGGUACCGUGUCGUAUAAUGAUGA